CCCCCGUUCAUUGUAUGUGCGCGGUCCCAUGGGCUCCUCGUCGAGUUGCAUCACUGAGUGUGGAGGUUCAGACUGCCGGCCUCUGGUGCAGAGGCUGAUCAGGGAGCCAGAGGAAAAGGACACUGUCCUGAGGUAUGCGCAUGCGGAGGCCACCGCCACGCCGGAGGGCACGUGCUCCACCUCGUCGCAGGAGCGGGGUGCGAGAGACCUCACUCGGGUGCCCUCCAAGGGCGUGGCAUGGCCCGAACGAAGAAUUUUUGGGCCCGAUGGCUGUGCCAUUUUUAGUGACCAGUCGCUUCCACACCUUUCAUUUCGCACGCAUGAACAUAUGGGGAGUGAGGCCCUACAACUUAUCGAGACCCACUCCCCUUGGCACUGCAGCGACUUUUGCGGGAGCUUUGAGGUCACAGAGGGCACUUCCUCCACCUGGGGCUCGCAGAUGCCCCCGCUGCCUCCGGUGCAGCCAGGGCUAGUGCUUCACCACGGGAUCUUGCAGGACGAAGCCAUCGAGAUUCCGAAGAAGUCCGGGUGCCAGCAGGCCAUUGGGACUAUUACCAAAGACCUGGUGCGGGGCAGGACACUUCCCGUGUUAGCCUUGAAUGGCAAUGCGGUGGAAUGUUUUGUGGCGAUGGAUAAGCAGCUCCACUACAUGGUGAUACAACGCUUGGGCAAGAAGGAGUCAAAGAGACGAGCGCUGGCGCUAGACACGGUGGAGCAGGUUUGCGUUGGAACGGACGCUGCGGAGGAGUCGGGCCUGCCGCUGCAGGAGAACUGCGUAUGUCUGAUUUUGCGGGAGGGUCAGGCGAUCGCCUUUGUCCUGAAGAGUGUGGAGGAGCGCGACAACUUUGCCAUGGUCAUGUCCAUGCUUGUGGACCAACACGGCGAGUCGGAGUUGGAGAGCUGCGGCACCCAGGUGACGAUGCCACCUGCAGUGCCAGCCGCCUGAGCCCACGCUGAUCCGCUUGUCUCACCCGAGCCUAAGAUCAUUUUUCACAGCCUUUUCGGCACAAGGCCGGACCAGAAAUUUAGAAGGCGCUGCUGACAGUAUGACGGCA